AUGCUCCAUCUCUUGACCACAGAUGAAGAGAUGGAGCAUCAGGUCCCACAUGUGGAAGUCCUGUCCUCCAUCCAGAUCAACAAACAGACACGGCCUCGCUUCCCCAAUGCGGCUAUGGGCAGGGAGAAAGGAGGCGCCGUCCCAUUAGAGCCUGGAUUCAAUGCUGCUAAAGCAAGGUGGCAGGGGGGGAAACUCAUCUCAUCUUGA